GGUCGUCCUGAAUUUUAAUAAGUGUUUGAAAUAAUUGCCUUAUUUGCGUGAAUUUUGAAAAGAAGCUUAAAAUAAGUUUUUUGUCUUUUUGCAGUCAGCGACGGUUGCGUUUAAAUACUAAAAUGGCGCGAUUAUUACUAGAGGUGAAGGAGGAGUUUUCAGAUGACGAUAGUUUUACGGCGACGUCCAAUUCUUCCGCAACUUCGAGUGAUUCAGAAGAAACAAAGAAGUUCGAUGAACAUCCCACCAUGGAGAGAUUGCAGAGGGUAUUUCAUCAACUUGACGAUAUUGUAAAACCCACCACUCCGGAACGACGCGAAUAUUUAAGAAGCAAAAUAAAUGAUCUGGUUAACAGCAUCGAUAGUCACGAUUGUCAAGAGGAGAAGACAAGGACGGAGGAAUGGACGAGGGAAAAUCAAGAGUUCCAGAGUAAUCAAGAGCGUGAGUCCACCGGAUACGGAUUUGUCCCGAAAUACAGAGAGCCGCGACGAUGGAUUCCGAAGUUUACCCAGAAUCCUCGAAACGAAGAUGACAUUAAAACCUUCGCUGAUCGUGAAGCUGCUGUCAACAAAAUCUAUGAUUUGGUGAAAGACUUAGAUAACGUCAUUUACCGUAAACCCAACAUCAGGGUUAAUCGUCUACCGACGCACAUCAAUUCGCGUUACGUCUCGACCUCAUCCGCGUCCUCGACGUCGUCUCGUUCUCGACGUGAUAAGAGACGUCGUAACUACACCCCGGCAUCAGUACUGAUACAUUGUUCAAAAUGCAAGACUUUGAACAGACACAUCACGUACUUACGGAAUGGACAUCAAGCUUGCAGAUGGAAUAAGAUAUUUUUUUAAACGCCUUUAUUUUCGCUACAUCGCACGAAAUAAGGACGAAAUCUAAUCUUGUCAUCAACCAGCUCCUAUAAUCUGAAUGUGCGCUCGUAGAGGUAGAGAAGUCUUCUUCGUUUAGUUUUUAACUAAUAGUUUAAUGUUUAGGUUAUUUCAUUCACAGAUCAUUUUUGGUUAUAACCAUUA